CCAACUAUUUUCCGCAUGUACCCCACUUACACCGCGUCAUGUUGGCACCCCUCCAUUGACAUUAAUGACAUAAAUCACGUGACUCCUGUCACUUUGAAUGUACUUAAAAACGUGUCCGAUAAGAUAAAAGUGCGACUAAAAAUGGGCGACCCGAAGACAAUUCUGGUAACCGGGGGCUCCGGCCUCGUGGGCAAAGCCAUCCAGAAAGUAACACAAGACGAAAAACGCCCAGACGAAACCUGGAUUUUCGUCGGCAGUAAAGACGCCAACUUAUGCGACUUUCAAGCCACCAAACAGCUCUUCGAGAAACACAAACCCACCCAUGUGAUACACUUAGCUGCGAUGGUAGGGGGGCUGUUUCACAACAUGUCGCACAACCUGGACUUCUUGAAAAACAACCUCGAAAUGAACAGCAACGUCUUGCAAGUGAGUCACGAAGCGGGGGUGAAGAAGGUGGUGUCGUGUCUCUCGACGUGCAUUUUUCCGGAUAAGACGACCUACCCGAUUGACGAAACCAUGAUACACAACGGCCCGCCUCAUCCCUCCAAUUUCGGUUAUAGCUACGCCAAACGCAUGAUCGACGUCAUGAAUAGGGCAUAUCACGAGCAGCACGGGUGUUUGUUCACUUCAGUGGUGCCUUGUAACGUGUUCGGCCCCCACGACAACUACAACCUGGAGUCGAGUCACGUGAUACCUGGCUUGAUUCGGCGAAUGCACGACGUGAUGGAGUCAGGGGGCUCCACUUUCACGAUCCUCGGAACGGGCAAACCGUUGCGACAAUUUAUCUACUCGCUAGAUUUAGCGCGACUGUUUUUGUGGGUUUUGCGCGACUAUGACGAAGUAGACCCAAUUAUUUUAUCAGUGGACGAGAGCGCGGAGGUCACGAUUAAACAGCUAACGGAAGAGAUAGCGAAGGCUUUCGGUUUCAAGGGGUCGUUCGAGUUCGAUCUUCGAAUGUCUGACGGUCAGCAUAAAAAAACAGCGAGUAACGCCAAGUUGAGGAAAUAUCUGCCGGAUUGGGAGUUCACGCCGUUCCCGGUGGCGAUUAAAGAAAGCGUGGAUUGGUACAAGAGUAAUUCGUCGAUCGCCCGAAACUAACCACCAAUUUUUGUAUUUUCUAAUUAUAAUAAACGAUUUUUGUUGUU